GAAGCAGUAAUGCAUGAAAUUAACGAAACGAGACAUUUCUUCUCUUUAAGAAGAAACACUAAAACUUUUGCGAUACGCAGUAAACGUGGAGAAGGCUAACAUUAGAAGAAGGUGAGAGGCAAGGGCUUCAACGCAAUAUAUAAGGAACCACAAUGCAUGUCAUGGAAAUAGCACUUUGUGGGACAUUUGUUAUCAUUUUCGUUUCAAGCGGUUUGCUAUCUGCAGUUGUGUCUGGCCGUGAAAUAAUAGUUGUGAAUUUUGAAAUGUUGCAUUACCACCCGCAAUUAAAGAAGUGCGCAGCAACUAGUCAGAACAAGCCUGAGUACGUUGGUUGUCGUGUAUCUGUGCAGACAGGUCAAUGCGAAGGAUUAGACUAUAACUGGGGAUUGCAUCCAACAAUGGAAAAAGGAUAUGCCUAUGCAAAGAAACUGCAUGUUCAACAAACCUUCCAACCACCGAUUAGGCUUGUCAAAUAUGAUGACAGCCCCACUGACAUCAGAGUGGUUCCUGUUGUGCUGAAUACUGGAGCACAAAUAGAUAUUUCUAUCUCGGUCAUGGCGCUUGAUGAGUUGAGCUCGACAGAUGAGUUAUUUAUUCUGAGGUUCUAUCAUUCUGAAGUAACUUUGGAUAAGGAUAUGUUUCAGAUUAGGUAGGUUUAGCUCCAUUUUAACAGAAACUAUUUUAAUUAACACUUUGAUUCAUUGAUAAUGAGACUCAAUGCGGCUAACAUGAUACUGGCCAUUAAUUCUCUUUUUUUUUUUUUUAAUUAUUUUUCAAAUCAGUCUUCGAAUGUUGAGCAAGUUGGAUCAGAUAUCAAAUGUAAAACUUUUUAUGUCAUUACUUACAUGUUUUGGGUGGGUAAUAUGUAAUGAUUUUCACAGUGGUAUGUACAGGCCAUUCUGAAAAUAAUGACAAUUGCGCCGUUCGGUAAAAAGUUGAAAGGCAUGAAACUCCGGUGUGAUAUGGAAGAUACGUGAAUUACGCCUUAAUAUUGCAAAAUCUUAUUGAAAUAUGUCAUACCGUUUUGGAUAUAUUUAGUUUUGUAUCAGGUGUAGUCAUACACACUAACCAAACUUUGUAGCUAUGAAAUACGAACACAA